AUGAAAAGCGGUACUUUUACACUUAUAUCGAUACUGGCUAUUUCGGCUCAUGCCGAGCUUGUUUCGACCAACACUAUUAUUGACAAUGACUUUCGACUUCAAAAACGACAGCUUUUUGGCAAAGUCAAGGGUUUUUUUAAUAAAAAGCCAGGUAACGGUGGUAUCAAGCCAGGUGGCAGUGGUAUCAAGCCAAGUCUUCCAAAGAAAGGGCCUAAAUUCCCUGGUCGCCCUAAGAAAAACCCAGAAAGACCUGUUAUUGGCAACCCUACUAAUUUUGUCAAGAAUACUCCUGAUAGGCCACCUCCACUUAGCUCAUCAGGAGCAACUGGACCAUUGCCUAAAUCACCAUCUCAAUUACCACCACCUAGACCACCACAUAAUAGACCACCACCACCUAGACCACCACACAAUAGACCACCACCACAAAACAAAUCACCACCACCUGUAGCGCCUAAACCUAAACCACCUAUACCAAAACCAAGAAAAAAUCCACCAAAACCUCAGAGCAAAUUUGAAGAUGAUGGUCCUCCUUCAUUUAUACCACCACCACCAACACGAAAUUCAUAG